CUGUGUGUGUGUGUCAGGUUAGUAGUGUGUUUCAGAUUCCCUCAAAGCAGUCAGUACAUUCAAAAGACUCAACCGGUUAACAUCUAAAAAAAAAUACAUUUUUCUACUCCCAAAAAAAAUAAAAACUUAAAAUGUUUGACUGGUUUGAAUCGAUUUCGGUGCCGAGUUUGAAGGACCUCCGCGACAUGAAGAGCCAUGCGAUCCAGAAGAUCGCCCAACUCGAGGUCAAAGGAGUCUACUGGGGCCGUCGCAUCGGACUGGACGAGUUCCAAGACGACGCGCUUUUCCGAUUUUUGAUGGAGAAGGCCUAACUUCACACUCAGAUGUCCACUCUAACCGAAAACUAACACAGAAAACACCCAUCCACACAUUGUGAAGCCACACUUUUUUACACAACGCAUAUCUGGGGCUAUGUCUUGAUCCUUACUCCUCCUCUGAUUUGCAGAACUAUAGCAUAGACUUUUAUUAACAUGACAAAAAAAAUCUGAAAUUUUCACAUCAAUUCAUCCAGACACAAGCAUAUGAUACUGAGCAUGAGAAACAAAAAUGACACAUCUGUAUGACGGGGGAAAAUGCUAAAAAAUUGCUGAAAAAUAUCAGUAAUUCCAGCUCAUCGUUCCCAUUCAACAACGCCAAUAGCAUAUACAAAAAACGACAAAAAGCCAAUAAUAUAAAGUUUGUCCCAA